AUGGUCCACAUGCUACACCAGAUGGAGAAGUUCACGGUAACGCAAAUAGAACUGAGUGGACUCAACAAAAGAGAGAAGAGGUUCAUUGGAGGUCUGCUAAUGGCAGCCUCAGCUGUAGGAUCCCUCUUCAGUUUCGGCUUAUCAGCAGUUAACACCGUCACACUAUCAAUGGUGAAGAGACACGUUAGCGAGCUCCAAGAGGUAAUCCCUGAAAUACAGGCUCAGCUUAACGUACAGAGAGAAGGUCUUGAGACCAUCGGACAAACCAUACGAGACACCAUGGUAAUCCUUAACACCCUUACCAACGUGCUCAAAAAGACCAUAGGCGUAAUUGACCAACUAACGUCAGUGUUGCAGGAAGACUAUGCACACACACAGAUGUUGAAUAUGCUCAUGGCAGACAUGACCAGGGACAUCGGAUCUUUCAUUGACAGCCUCGCCGUCGUACCCGAAAACGCCCUGCUCUGUAUUGGUGAGGUAUCUCUCUAUCACCUGCAUCCUGACCAAUAUGAAGGAGCCAUUGAAGUGUCUGACUUUUACAACCAAACCGCUAUUGAAAUAGACCAACAGACUCUUGAGAAAAUCCAGUAUGAGGGUUCUCAAGUCAUCGACGUGGCCCCAACAGAUAAAACUUUGAAAGAGAUUCGAAAUCAAGAUCUCAAAACCUACCAAGCCCUAUCGUAUGCUUGGUCUACUCCUGACACACUGUUGUUUGUAGCCAUAAUCCUCCCCGAAUUCUGGGAAUCUUCUGCUUCGGCCUGGUUUGCUCAGACUGAAGCACAGUUUGCCUUGCGUCAGAUCUCCACUGACGAAACUAAAUACUACUACGUAGUAUCUGCCCUCGGAAGUUCUACGGCAUCAAGAGUGGUGAGCCUUCUUAAAAGUCCUCCUCUGACGGACAAGUAUGAAACUCUGAAAGAAUACUUACUUCGAACAUUCGAACUGUCUGACGCUGAGAGGGCCAAUAGGCUUUUCGGUCUUCAAGGGCUCGGUGACAGCAAGCCUUCAGAGCUAAUGGACAGAAUGCUUGACCUGCUUGGCGACAACAAGCCAGAUUUCCUUUUCCUCCACCUUUUCCUACGCCAACUGCCUGCUCAUGUGAGAGCUGCUUUGGCCAACACCGCCAGCACUGAUUGCAGAGCACUGGCUGCUGAGGCUGACAAGUGUUUCCUGGCGAGUCAGCAACCCUGCGCAGCCGCCCUUCUCCCUGCUGGUGUUGUAUCAGAGCUUCAGUGGAGUGGGAAACGCCACGGCCGGCGCUCACUAGUGGCCGUGAGCGUCGGCCAUGCCGGCAGGCUGCUCUUCAUCCAUGACUCCGUCUCUGGCCGACGUUUCCUCUGCGACACAGGGGCACAGCGGAGUCUACUGCCUGCUUCACAGGUGGACGUGGUAGCUGACACCCACGGCCCCCCCAUGGAAGCCGCCAAUGGUAGCCCCAUCCGUACGUACGGCACAAGGCAUGUUGAACUGUGUUUUGGGGGCCAACGCUUUAGCUGGGACUUUGUGACUGCCAAAGUAGCCGUUCCCCUCUUAGGGUCAGACUUUUUGUGUGGAUAUGGACUGUUGGUGGAUGUUAAAAAUCAGCGCUUGAUCGACGCCGUAACUUUCUGUUCGUAUGCAUGCUUCCUCAACGACUCCAAUGCACUGCACUUCUCCAGCCUGCUCUCUGUCACGGACAGUUUCCAGCGUCUGCUCGCCAAGUUCCCAGCACUCACACAGCCCACUUUCUCCUCUUCCACGGCCAAGCACGGUGUCGAGCAUCACAUUGACACCACUGGCCCACCUGUAUAUGCCCGCGCUCGACGUCUCGAGCCGAACAAGCUUGCCGUGGCCAAGACAGAGUUCGAGUCCAUGGAGCGCCUGGGGAUUAUUCGUCGCUCCAACAGUCCUUGGGCCUCCCCCCUGCACCUCGUCCCCAAGCGGGGGGGGGGCUGGCGCCCUUGCGGGGACUACCGACGGCUCAACGACGCGACAACGCCUGACCGCUAUCCAGUACCGCACAUCCAGGAUUUUUCAGCGCACCUGGCUGGUAAGGUCAUUUUUUCAAAAGUGGACCUGAUCAGAGGACACCAUCAAGUGCCCGCACACCCUCUCGACAUCCCAAAAACAGCUGUGAUCACGCUGUUUGGUUUGUUUGAGUUCCUGCGCACCCCGUUUGGCCUCAAGAAUGCUGCUUAAACUUUCCAGCGGCUCAUGGACUUUGUGCUACGGGAUCUGCCUUUCGUGUUUGUGUACCUUGACGACAUCCUGGUGGCCAGUUCAUCACCUUCAGAGCACCUUUCGCACAUACGCACUCUAGUCACAAAGGACGGGGUCAUUCCUCUUCCGUCAAAAGUGGAGGCCAUCACCACUUUCCCACGCCCACUCACUGUCAAAGCCUUACAGGAGUUCCUAGGCAUGGUUAACUUCUACAACCGUUUUCUCCCCAGGGCCGCCCAAAUCAUGCGGCCCUUAUAUGAGGCUCUGAAAGGCGGCAAGCCUAAGCACACUGUGGGCUGGAGCCCGGAAAGAGACAAGGCUUUUGCGGACGCUAAGACAGCCCUGGCUAAAGCCGCCAUGUUGGCCCAUCCCUCCUCCUCCGCUCCAAUCGCACUUACCACGGACGCCUCAGAUUAUGCAGUCGGUGCGGUUUACGAGCAGUGGGUGGAUAAUGCCUGGCAGCCUCUCGCCUUUUUCAGCAGGCAGUUGCGUCCCAGUGAACGGAAGUAUAGCACCUUCGAUCGGGAGCUACUUGGGGUGUACCUCGCCAUCCGACACUUUCGUUCACUGCUGGAGGGACGCCAGUUCACCGUUUUUGUGGACCACAAGCCUCUGACUUUCGCCGUGUCCAAAGUCACUCAGCCAUGGUCGGGCAGGCAACAGCAACAGCUGACUUACAUUUCGGAGUUCACGACGGACAUUGCACACCUUUCUGGAAAGCACAACCAUGUCGCAGAUUGCCUCUCCCGCGCUGUUGCGGGGGCGGUCCACCUUGGCCUUGAUUAUGACAGCAUGGCAGCAGAGCAGGCCACAGACCCGGACGUGCAAGUUUGCCGUUCAUCCGUUACUGGGCUGCAGCUGCAGGAUGUGGCAUUUGGCGACGCUGGCACCACUCUGCUUUGCAACGUCUCCAUGGGCUCUCCUAGGCCGCGCUUGAUCGACGCCGUAACUUUCUGUUCGUAUGCAUGCUUCCUCAACGACUCCAAUGCACUGCACUUCUCCAGCCUGCUCUCUGUCACGGACAGUUUCCAGCGUCUGCUCGCCAAGUUCCCAGCACUCACACAGCCCACUUUCUCCUCUUCCACGGCCAAGCACGGUGUCGAGCAUCACAUUGACACCACUGGCCCACCUGUAUAUGCCCGCGCUCGACGUCUCGAGCCGAACAAGCUUGCCGUGGCCAAGACAGAGUUCGAGUCCAUGGAGCGCCUGGGGAUUAUUCGUCGCUCCAACAGUCCUUGGGCCUCCCCCCUGCACCUCGUCCCCAAGCGGGGGGGGGGCUGGCGCCCUUGCGGGGACUACCGACGGCUCAACGACGCGACAACGCCUGACCGCUAUCCAGUACCGCACAUCCAGGAUUUUUCAGCGCACCUGGCUGGUAAGGUCAUUUUUUCAAAAGUGGACCUGAUCAGAGGACACCAUCAAGUGCCCGCACACCCUCUCGACAUCCCAAAAACAGCUGUGAUCACGCUGUUUGGUUUGUUUGAGUUCCUGCGCACCCCGUUUGGCCUCAAGAAUGCUGCUUAAACUUUCCAGCGGCUCAUGGACUUUGUGCUACGGGAUCUGCCUUUCGUGUUUGUGUACCUUGACGACAUCCUGGUGGCCAGUUCAUCACCUUCAGAGCACCUUUCGCACAUACGCACUCUAGUCACAAAGGACGGGGUCAUUCCUCUUCCGUCAAAAGUGGAGGCCAUCACCACUUUCCCACGCCCACUCACUGUCAAAGCCUUACAGGAGUUCCUAGGCAUGGUUAACUUCUACAACCGUUUUCUCCCCAGGGCCGCCCAAAUCAUGCGGCCCUUAUAUGAGGCUCUGAAAGGCGGCAAGCCUAAGCACACUGUGGGCUGGAGCCCGGAAAGAGACAAGGCUUUUGCGGACGCUAAGACAGCCCUGGCUAAAGCCGCCAUGUUGGCCCAUCCCUCCUCCUCCGCUCCAAUCGCACUUACCACGGACGCCUCAGAUUAUGCAGUCGGUGCGGUUUACGAGCAGUGGGUGGAUAAUGCCUGGCAGCCUCUCGCCUUUUUCAGCAGGCAGUUGCGUCCCAGUGAACGGAAGUAUAGCACCUUCGAUCGGGAGCUACUUGGGGUGUACCUCGCCAUCCGACACUUUCGUUCACUGCUGGAGGGACGCCAGUUCACCGUUUUUGUGGACCACAAGCCUCUGACUUUCGCCGUGUCCAAAGUCACUCAGCCAUGGUCGGGCAGGCAACAGCAACAGCUGACUUACAUUUCGGAGUUCACGACGGACAUUGCACACCUUUCUGGAAAGCACAACCAUGUCGCAGAUUGCCUCUCCCGCGCUGUUGCGGGGGCGGUCCACCUUGGCCUUGAUUAUGACAGCAUGGCAGCAGAGCAGGCCACAGACCCGGACGUGCAAGUUUGCCGUUCAUCCGUUACUGGGCUGCAGCUGCAGGAUGUGGCAUUUGGCGACGCUGGCACCACUCUGCUUUGCAACGUCUCCAUGGGCUCUCCUAGGCCGGUUGUGCCUGCGAAGUGGAGGCGACCUGUUUUUGACGCCAUCCAUGGCCUCUCACACCCUGGAACCAAGGCCUCACAAUGGCUGGUGGCAGCCAAGUUUGUGUGGCAUGGUCUCAAAAAGGACGUGAGAGACUGGGCGAACACCUGUGUAGCGUGCCAACGUGCCAAAGUACACCGCCACACCAAAGCGCCACUGGAACAGUUUCGAGUGCCGGAACGACGUUUCGACCACAUCAACAUCGACCUCAUUGGCCCGCUUCCGCCCUCCCAGGGUUACACUCAUCUACUCACGAUGGUCGACAGGACCACACAGUGGGCAGAGGCUGUUCCACUGUCAUCUAUAACAUCGGCUGAUGUGGCACGGGCAUUUAUUGGCACCUGGGUGUGCCGUUUUGGCACCCCAUCAGACAUUUCCUCAGACCGGGGCGUUCAAUUUACCUCUGACCUUUGGAACGCUGUCGCAGGUAGCUUGGGAGUUAAACUCCACCGCACCACGGCCUACCACCCCCAGAGUAAUGGCCUCUGCGAACGUUUUCACAGAUCGAUGAAAGCCUCCCUGCAUGCUAGCCUGAAGGACAGUUUCUGGUCUGACAAACUCCCAUGGGUCAUGCUAGGCAUCAGGACAGCACCGAAGGAAGACCUUCGCGCCUCCUCCGCAGAGCUGGUCUAUGGUCAGCCAUUACGGGUCCCCGGGGAUUUCGUCCCUAACACCACGGCCCCUUGGUCAGCCACAUUCCAGCGCUCCAGCCUGUUGGAUAAUGCCAGGGUGUUUGCUCCACUUCCUACUUCCUGUCACGGUUUGCCGAACUCUCACGUCCCCAGUAGCCUACACUCUGCUGGCUAUGUUUUCAUUCGAGCAGAUGGUCACCACGGACCUCUCCGCCCGCCUUAA